AUGAGUAAUAGUUUCUCACAAGAAAUAUAAACAUCCUAUCAAAAAACGAUUACAAAAAGCCAAAAUGUUCAGAGAACAACUGAUGUUGAUUUCCAGGAUGCAGUUCAAAGAUAUGAAUUGAGAAGAUCUUCAAAGCCAAAGAAGCAAAUGAUCAAUUAAAAAAAUGGGGUCGUUGAAAAUUAAUAUAUGCAAAUAGCAACAGAUGAUAAUGAAAACAAUUAUAAUUUCCACAGUUCAAGUCAUUCGUAAAGAAUUGUCCAAAAAUAUACCAAUAUUAGUAGUGCUAAAGAAGUCAAUAAGUACAAUGUCUAGGAAGUUAAGGACGAUUAUGAAAGGGGGAAAUGUAUGUUCUAAACAAUGUUUAAUAGCCUUAGGUUAAUUAUCUAAAUCUGA